AAAUCACAUUAAUCCUAUUCUGUACCGGGGCGCCAACAAACCAUCUUCUAUAACUUUUGAUAAUUUGAUACAGAAAAAUGUUAGAUGUCUGCACGCGAAAAACGAGGAUACAGGUGUCGGCUUAUAAUGUCAUGGCGGGUGUAGGCGUGGCCCCAACAGUGGCGGGUGAAUCCGUGAGUAUGAUCGAGCAGAAUUCCAUAGAACCAUUGAUCAAAGAAGUGAAGCUCAAGCCGGAGAAAAAUCUAGAAGAAGAAGAAGGAGAAGAAGAAGGAAUAGACCAGCUUACCCUAUCUCAGUGCUUCAUGAAGAAAGCAAGCUCCUCUGUUUCUCCUUCUAUGGGAACUCCUCUGAUCGGUGAAGCCUCAGCCACAAAUAGGAAACGAGCAAGGGUAAUGAUAAAAGAAAGAUAUAAGAAAUCUGCAGCUUAUUCUUAUCCUACAAUGCAGAAAGCAAUGGCCCUUCAAGAGGGUCUUGACCCAACCCAACCAAGCUUUAUUAAAUUCAUGAGCCGUUCCCAUGUUACACAUGGAUUUUGGUUGGGCCUUCCAGCGGAUUUCUGUAGAAUGUACUUACCCCCUCAUGAUCAUACAAUUCCAUUGGAAGGUGACAAUGGGAAACAGUAUGAGACCAAAUUCAUAGCAGAAAGACAAGGACUUAGUGGUGGAUGGAGAGGAUUCUCCCUUGCACAUAACUUGCAAGAAGGUGAUGCAGUUGUCUUUCACUUAGUACAGGAAUAUAAAUUCAAGGUUUACACAGUGAGAGCAAACGAUUCGGAUCAUAUGCAUGAAGGACAAUUAGAGACUGCAGCGAAGGAUGUUAAUGGAUGCCAAAAUAUGAAAACUCUGGUAGAGCAGACACCAUAUCUUGAAGAAAAUUGUCAAAAUGAUGGCCAGCCAGAAAGUGAUUAUGAGGUAGGGGAUGGAGGGUUCAUUUUUGAGAAUGAUAAGGAGGAUUCCCCUGCAGAAGUUAAGGAUGUCAGUUCCACCAAAUCUUUUGUGGACUUGACAAAUUUCAGCAUUGUUGUAAAUGGGUGCCCUAUGGACGCAAAAUUCUCUAUCUCAGCACGUCUGAAGUACUAUGAGCUGUGUUGUGCUCAGAAAUCAUAUCUACACGAUGGAUUUCCCGAGAACAUUAACUAUACGUUGGCUGUUGGGAUCAUCUUGGAAACAGUUAGCAUAGCUGACAAUAUCAAAGCUUGUACUCUUUCCACACCUCUGACUGAUUUCAAGAGUUGGGAGAGCACACUAUCUGGCUUUAUCCACUUGGGUAUGAACGUUGAUUUUCUGCAAGAUCGGCUAAAGAAACUCUCAAGUCUUGCAAUUGAAUUUCAAGGUUGCCAUGAAGCAAUUAGGCAUUCUGAAAUCAUAACUGAAGAAAGUGAGUUGAACAAAGAAAUAGAAUCUGCCGAGAAAAAGCUUAUGGAACUAAAAGAAGCCAUGGUGGAUGUUCAAGUUGAAAAAGAAGCUCUUGAGACACAAUUCCUGGUAUGCAACUUGGGUUUCCGCAAGAUGGCUAAAAGGCCUUGGUGAUCUCACAAGUCUUACCCUCUAAUCUGUUUGAGACAGUCCUGACCUUUAUAUUAUAUGACUUAGUUGUGUAUAUAAUUUAUUGUGCUUCCUCUAAUACAUUUCUAGUCUAGAAGAAAAAGAAUGAAAGAUGCAGGAAGCUUCUGUUUCAGUGUUUGUUUUAGUUAUGUAGUCAUUACUCAUUAGCCAGGUUAGUAGCUAGAAGACUUAGAAGUUCAUGACUUCAUUUCCUGCUCCAAAUCUUGAUGGAAGUUUGGUAGUAUAUGAAUUUUGUGCUAAUGGUUAAUUUAUAAUUACAAUUAUAUAUGUAUUUUGAGUGAUAA